CGCAGUUUCAUAUAUAAUACAUCAUCCUCCAAGGUUUGACAACUUUCCCCUCUUCGCUUCUGUCUCCAAUCCACUUGGCGUCAAUCGCCUCCCCUACUAUCAUGUCCCAUAGACAUUUACAACGUCAGUCUGACAGGGACGUGCGCAUGCAUGAGCCACCUGCCCAUUCCCAUCCUCAUGCUAUCCUCACCCAUCCUCCACCACCUCCACAAGCACAUCAACCUCAUAUCAAUGGCAAUGCAGCGGCCUUGCCUACUACACCAGCACUUUCAAAUGGUUCAACUCAUGCACACACUGCAUCAAAUCAGAUCGUUUCACCUGUUGUAAUCCCAAACGCUCCCGCCUCAAACGGCGUUGCGCCACCUCAAUCAAGCGUCAUUCACAAGUUGGCAGUGGCCAACGAACAAACGUGGCUUUUGAUCGGGCGUGUCGCGGAGCAGAUGGGCGACCUGGAACAUGCGAUCACAGCAUAUGAAAACGCACUACGGCAUAACCCGAUGUCCCUGUCAGGACUUACACAAGUUGCGGGAAUCGCGCGGAUCAAGGAAAAUUAUCCAAAGGCUGUUGAGUAUUUCCAACGUGUUCUACAAUUACAAGAAGACAACGGCGAAGUAUGGAGCGCGCUCGGCCAUUGUUAUCUCAUGCAGGAUGAUCUGCAGAAGGCUUACUCCGCUUAUCAGCAGGCUUUGUACCUCCUCCCUAACCCGAAGGAGGAUCCCAAGUUGUGGUACGGUAUCGGCAUACUCUAUGACCGGUAUGGCUCCUUGGACCACGCCGAAGAGGCGUUCGCUUCUGUCCUUAAGAUGGACAAAGAACUAGAUUUUGACAAGGCAAAUGAAAUUCUCUUCCGUCUCGGCAUAAUCUACAAACAGCAGGGCAAAUAUGAAGAAUCCCUUAGCUGCUUUGAUCGUAUACUGCGUAAUCCUCCAAGUCCUCUAGCCCAUGCGGACAUCUGGUUCCAGAUCGGGCAUGUCUACGAGCAACAGAAAGACCAUGUCCGCGCUAAGGACGCAUAUGAACGUGUUGUUGCUGACAACCCUGGGCACGCAAAGGUUCUACAGCAAUUGGGGUGGUUGUAUCACCAAGAUGGAUCUUCUUUUCAGAACCAAGAACUUGCCAUCCAGUACCUGACCAAGAGCCUGGAAGCUGACCCUUCAGACGCUCAAAGCUGGUACCUCCUCGGCCGUGCUUAUAUGGCCGGUCAGAAGUACAACAAGGCGUACGAGGCCUACCAGCAAGCGGUUUACCGCGAUGGCCGCAACCCCACUUUUUGGUGUUCUAUUGGUGUUCUUUACUUCCAGAUCAACCAAUUUCGUGACGCUCUUGAUGCAUACUCGCGUGCCAUCCGCAUCAAUCCUUAUAUCUCUGAGGUCUGGUUUGAUUUGGGCAGCCUUUACGAGAGCUGCAACAACCAAAUCUCAGACGCUAUCGAUGCUUAUGCUCGUGCCAGCGAACUUGACCCUGGAAACCAUGUCAUUUCGCAACGUCUCCAGCUCCUCAAGAAUGCUCAAGCGACUGGUGGUCAGCUACCUGCUGCACCAGGUCCUCAGGAUGUGCACCCAACCGCGUAUGCCAGCGCUGUCGUUCCUCCCCCAGGACUCACCGGUCCUCCUCUCCUGCUGCAAUCGACGUCAACUCGUCCCCCAAUCUUCCGCCCUCAGUCGAAUGGCCCACCUAGCGGUGACAAUCUUCAUUUGCCGCCUCCUGCACCUGCACCCGCUUCUAGAUCAUCACCUGGUCCGUUCCGAGGUGGUCCUCCACCACCGGUAGUGCUGGACGAGAGUCGUCACAUGCCUUCGCACACACCACUCGCACCUAUGGACGUUGAUCGUCCACCUCAUCCUCGUGACUACCCUAGUUCAUCGCGUGAGGGUCCAAGUCGUGGGCCAACUGGCCACCAAACUCUACUCCUUCAUCAUCCUGUUCCUCAGCAGCAAGUGCAAACGGAAGAGCUUCGUAAUUCCGCCGUUCAUGGUCCUGGUCAAUAUAAUGACCACUUCCCUGGUCGUCCACUCAGGGUCCCUUCGACAUCCGCGUCGCCACCGCCACCACACAAUUCACGUGUCCGGUCUCCAGGUCCUGGGUAUCCCAAUUAUCCUCCAUCAAACAGGCAACCUGUGGGACCUGCCCAGCCCAGCCUGUCACAACGUUCGCCGCCUAAUUACCCUCGUGAGGCACCUCGUUCAGAGCAUGACAUCGCAUGGGAUCGUCGCGGGCCACCUCCUGACCAUCAUCGUGAAUGGGAACGUGAACGAGAGCGUCGAGGACGUCCCGAGUACCCCUCACAUCCUUCGCAGCAACCCUAUUAUCCAUCACGUUCUCCCGUCCCUCGUGGACACAGUCCAAUGGAGACAUCGCCUCGCUCUGCACACCCGCCUGCGCAUCCAUCUCGUGCAUACUGGGACUCCAAACCUCCUGGCGGUCCUCCUCACCCUCGUUCACCUGCACCACCAGGUCCUCCUGAGGGUGGUGGCCACUGGCGAUACGACCCUGCACGCGAACAGGAAAGAGGGGAGUAUGAGCGGGAACGUCAGCUGCAUGAGCAACGUAGGCAGUCAGCGAGUUUCGCAACUUCGCCGGAAGGCAUUCCUCAUACACUUCCUCAUCAUAUGGGGGCUAACUCUCGCCCCUCUGAAAGCCCGCGACCCACUCCUAUGCCUGAUGCGCGCGACCGCAAACGGAAGCAAAUGAAGGACAGCAAAGAUUCGGACACGCAAAGUAUUGCUGGUACUGGUGUGAUUGGCGAGGCGCCUAAGAAGGAGAAGAAACGAAGGCAGCGACGCGCCAAGGAUGAUUCUGGUCGGUCAGAUUCUAAUGGUGUUCCUUCGAACAUGCCUGCUACAUUCAAAAUCGGCUCUUUCUCUGCAAAAGAGGGACCAGAGACAUCUUCCUCAGGAAGUAGGUCAUUGCAGCCUUCGCCUACAAGCGCGACACCUCGUCCACCAUCACGUGUUGUAGAUGAUGACUAUGACGAAGGCAUAGAAACGCUUCUUCAUCUCUCGCAAUACCGACAGGAGAUACAAUCUUCAUCUACAGACCGUGGCUCUGUCUCUUCUUCGCGCAGCCGUCCUUCACCCCCCGAAGUUUCAGGCUCCCUGAAGCGCCCUCUGAGCCCGGUCCCGGAUGAGAUGGACUCGAAGCGAUCUCGGGUAGACGGUGGCAAGCGCAGCGGGUCAUCUCCAUCAGGUUCACGACACACUCCCAUACCUUCGUCGCGACCAUCGCCUAUACCCUUCCGUACCCAGCCCUCGCAUUCUCCAGAGUCACGUCACACAGAAUCUCACUACCAAACUAGUCCACCACAGCUGGCCGUAGUGCUUCCGCCUCAUCCCCGCCCCAUUGGACCUGGCCAUGCAUCACAUGUCAGUCCAUCUGUUCCUAUUGCGCUUCCUCCUAUUGCCACGCUGUCGCCUACAUCAAGCAUCCCUUCACCAUCUGAUGACCGAAUGAUUCUCGACUCGCACCGUUCUUCUACUCCUCCAUCGCGAGGAAAGCUUUCUGAGGUCAUGAACCCAGCAGCGGGCUCUCCACCAAUGAAGCCGACCACAUCUCCUGCUCGCUCGCAAGAAAGGACUGCACCCACUCCUCCUUAAUAUCGCUAUGUUUUUGUAUGCGCUUGCUAUUUAGGCUUGAGGCUUGAACCAACCCUAUUAUGAUUGCAUUGACGAGGCAGCUAUGCAGUAUCGGUUAUCGCAUAAUACAGAUAAUUAUCCACACACUCGCAUGUAAAGAUACAUUGAACACACUUGUCUGACAGCUCGUUGAGCUACGAAUACCAUCUUUUGUGCAUUGCAUCAUGAC